AUGGUGGUUUUCUACCUGCUUGUGUUGGGGAUCGGCUUGUGGGCAUCUUCCAAAUCAAGAAAGAUGGCAAAAAAUUCUCAGAGCAGGCAGGUGGAGAUUUCCUUUUUGGCUGACCGGAGUGUCGGCUUGGUGGUGGGAGUUUUCACAAUGACAGGUUAGAGCUGAUUUUCUCUCUUUACAUACUGACAGCAUGUAUUCUUUUGAAACUGCAUAAAGUUGAAUAUUAUGAACAGGAUGCUCCCAGUUAUGUGCAUGCUUUUAUGUGUUUCUGCUGCAGCCACAUGGGUUGGAGGAGCCUUCAUCAUGGGAGUUGCAGAGACGGUUUAUAACCCCACAAAAGGACUGUUAUGGGCUCUUAUUCCUCUGCAAAUGUCAGUGUCCUUUAUUAUUGGUGAGAUCCUCCAUGAUGGAAUUACUUCACGAUAUCCACUUAUUUCUAUGAGGCCAUAAGAGAUUAUUUUUCUUAAUAUUUACUCAUUUACACAACAAGCGUGUUCAGGGGGGGAGCAGGGGUGGCUCUGGCCCUGUUACAUGUCUGUUUAUUUUUACAGCUGACAUGUUUGAUUACUAAUUCCCUUACUGACCCGACGAGGACACGUUCCUUUUUUUUUCAUGGUGCUUUCAGAUUGGGUUGAAACCGUGAGAAAGCCCAUUAUCAUAACUCCAAAGAGUCCCCCACCCCCCUUCAUCUAAAUGCACACACAUGCCUACACAUUCAUAGGUAAAGGUUUACUUUAUGUAAAUCCUGACUUCUCUGUACUCUUUGCCUUGUCAGAAUCAAUCAAAUGAAACACAAGUUUUCUUUCCUCCUCUUCAUUUUUCACUCUUUUCUUGUUUUUAACGUCUUUGCUGAUAAAAUUCCUGCUUUAGAUCAUUUCAAACUGUCGUUGCCAUCCAUCAAAAAAAGAAGAAAAUGAAGAUGUAUAAGUUUAUUCCUACCCUCUAGAUGUCUGGAUGUUCUUGGUUAGGUGGACUGUUCUUCGCCGGCCCAAUGCGAGACCAAAACUACAUCACGAUGAUGGACCCGUUCCAGAGAAAAUACGGGGAAAAAAUGACGGGGUUUCUCUCCAUCAUUCCCUUCAUAAGUGAACUGAUGUGGGUCCCUGCUGCACUCAUUUCCUUGGGUAAUACAGAUCUGCUUUUGUGACGUGACCAUAAAAUUUGCUUAGAUUAUCCCUCAUGUACAAACAUUUAUGAUUUGGCUUUUUUUUUCUAACAGGAGUUACAGUCAGGAUCUUCUCCGACCUUCCCUUAAGUCUUUGUAUCUGGAUUUCUGCUGCGGUGGCGAUCAUUUACACCGUUCUCGGGGGUCUCUAUUCAGUCGCUUUCACAGACGUCGUCCAGCUGACUCUGGUGUUUAGCAGCUUGGUAGGUUUGAAACACUCUGAGUCUGAUUGUCUCUCUUGAAUUUGCAUUUUUAAACUUGGUUUUCUUGUUUGUUUUUUCAGUGGCUGUGCACUCCUUUUGUUCUGGCUAACGAUGUUUAUGCCGACAUCAGUCAAACGGCAUUUAACCACACAAACCGGGCACCGUGGAUUGGCCAGCUCGAGUAUCGUGAUAUGUGGACAUGGAUUGAUAAUUUCCUUGCCAUGGUAGGAUGGAGUGAUUAGAGUUUUAGAUAAGAGAAAGUGAGCGCCAAUUUAAAAAUACUGGAUGUUGAACUAUUUGUCAUGAGUCAAAGUAAAAGUUGUAAAAUUAAAUUUCGUUCCCCUUAACUUGUGAAUCCUAUUUUCAUAGAGCGCCGGGAAUUUGGCUUUCCAGGAUUUCCACCAACGGAUUCUUUCCUCCAGCUCCACAUCAACAGCAAAAAUCAUCUGUUUCGUUGCCGCAGGUGUCGUCCUUAUUCUUGCAAUUCCACCUGUGCUGGUCGGGGCAGUUGCAGCUUCUACAGGUAAACCUGACGAAUGUUAUUUAUUUAUAGUAACUCGAUAACUUGCAUCUUUUUCCUGCGUUUCAGAUUGGAAUUUGACCUCAUAUGGGUUACCCUCUCCUUAUGAUCGAGGGGAGUCAGCGAUGGUAUUUCCCAUCAUCCUCCUGCACUUGACCCCGACUGCUGUUUUUGUCAUUGGCAUGGGAGCAAUAGCCGGGGCCGCGAUGUCCUCUACAGACUCUUUUUUGUUAGCCGCAUCCUCCAUCUUCACCACCAACAUUUACAAGCUCAUCAGACCACAGGUACGAUGACAAUGCCUCCCAAAUCAGCAAGCUGCGCCAGCAUAGGCAAGAAAGACAGUACUUAUCAAAAAACACAGGGAGGAGUGAGUUUCAUGAGUGCAUACAGCGAAAGACUGAGGGGGAACUUUUUCCAAGUUAGCCUCAGGCAGUUGAAGCGAGUCCCCUGGCAGACUUAUAACAGACUAGCCUGGGCCAGCCACGACUUAAUAUAGGCUUUAUCAAACAAUUUCUAUGAGUGAAAGAGCCUUAUUUUAAAGGAAUAGUUCCUCCAGUAUCGGUGUAUGAUUCCAACAGAGAAAGAUCCGACUUCAGGGCUCUACCUCCUGUACUACUUUUGGCAUCUCUUGAUACCACAAAGAGACCUCCAACCAGAGAGAAGAGUAUCUCAGGCCUUUAACCUUAUAAAAACCCCAGAAGGUAGCCUAAUAAGCAUCACUCCAAGUUCUGAGACUCUUAAAACUGUUAUCCUCUUCUUUUCAGGCAUCAGACAGAGAGCUGCAGUGGGUGAUCCGCUCCUCCAUCGUGCUUGUUGGGAUUGUGGGUACUUCUUUUACCUACCUGGACAGCAGCAUCCUGGCCCUCUGGAUCCUUAGCUCAGACCUGACUUACACCAUCAUGUUCCCCCAGCUCAUCUGCAUCCUCUUCAUCAGGGUCUCCAACCCUUAUGGUGCUGUCAUCGGCUACAUCAUCGCGUUUGUCCUGAGAGCUUUGUGCGGAGAGCCCGUGUUAAAUCUUCCUGCCAUACUACAUUUCCCAGGAUGCACUUUGGAGGACGGUGUUUACAUUCAGCGAUCACCUUUUAAGACUAUCUGCAUGCUGGUCUCUCUUGUCUCCAUUGUGGGGUUUUCCUAUUUGGCUUCAAUCCUGUUCGAAAAGGAGAUUCUUCCUGAGAGGUGGGAUGUGUUUAAGGUGAAAUCACAGGGAGCGCCUGCAGAGGGCGCCAGAGAGUGUGACAAGGAAAAGGCUAAAAACGAAAAUGAACCGAUGCUUGAACUACAUUGCCAAGUUCACUCCUUUUAG